AUGUCAUCGAACCCGUACCAGCGCGACCGCUACGGCCAGCGGGGUCGUGGACGAGGAGGCUCGGGCUACGGAGGAUACCAGCGCGAUGGAAACUCUCGAAGUUCGGGCGGCGGUGGUCGCGGGGGAGGCUAUAAUGGCUCUGGCAGUUACCAUGGCGGUGGGGCCUCCAGCGGCUCCUACUACGGCGCUGCUAAUGUCAACCGCGUCCGCAAGCCCGGUCACAGCGGUGGGAGAGGCCACAAUAAUUAUUCCAGUCCCCAGAACAACCACCAAGUGUGGAUGGGUGAAGUCGACUCGCGGUGGAGUGAGGCUGAUAUACGCUCAAUAUUUCAACAGUUAGGGGUGGAACCGAUAUUUGUUCGUCUUCCUAAAGACCGAGGAACUAGCGGCCGCAGUUUCUGCUUCGUCAACUUCGCCACGAAGGAAUUGGCGGCGCAGGCAAUUUCGUUCAGUGGACAACCAGUACCCGGCCAUCCUGGGGUUUAUUUGAAGCUUAACUGGGCUGCCGGCAGCACUGGCGACACUAAGGACCAGGAGGACCGUCGCCAAGGCCGUACGUUGAAGAAUAAUGCUGGCGAUGUCACCAAUUCGGUGUAUGUGACUGGUAUCAAUGGUCUCCAGGAACAAGAGCUUUUUGACGCGUUUAACGCUAAGUACCCGAUGCAAAUACGUCAGGUUAAGCUUGACCACGUGCCCUCAGGCCGAGAACACGACAGUAAGGGUCGCCAAGGGGCGAUUGUACGGUUUACUUCGGCUGAGGCAGCGAAGCGGGCAGCCGCCGAAAUGAACGAUGCCGUCAUCGGCAGUGCCAAGAUUGCGGUGCAGAUGUUGGACAAUGCCACCACCCAACGUGUCGACUACUCCCGCAUUGCUACCCCACAGACCCACCCGGCGCUCAAUCGCUAUACUGACCCCUUCAACACUACGGUAUGCGUCACUGCCGCGGCGAAUACGGGUAAGUUAUCGUCAAUUAUUGGUGCCAAAGCUCUUCGCAACCAUUUUGGUCACUACGGCAUUGUUCUAGGCGUUCACGACGCUGACGAUGACGGCGUUAAUGUGGUGUACAUGUUCCGCGGCGACGCUCAACGGGCGAUCCUAAACGAGCACGGGGCGGCGGUGUCUGGGGUCAAUCUUAAAGUGACGUGGGGUAACGGGGUGGAGGAGUCGGCGAAGGUCCCGAGAUCGCCCGUGUACGGCGUCGACAGCGACCUUGGCGACGUCGGCAUACGAGACGCUAGCGAACCCCACACUAACCGGGGGUACGUGCGCCACCAAAUCGCUCUUCUCGAUGCAUGGAAUGCCAUAGGCAACUAG